AUGACCUCAAAACCAUCUGGGGAAGUCACCUAUGAGCUUCUGGGAUAUGGAGAGAUGUCCAGGGUACCGCCGCCCGAGGAGCCUGUUCGAAGCAUCCGCAGCUUCAUCUGGCACAAUCCGACGAUUCCCAUUGUUUUCGGUAUCGGAGCUGCCUUUGCGGUGGGAUGCUUUGCGUUCACGCACUGGCUGGGCACGCAGAAGUUCAUCUGCCCCGAGUGGGCGCUCGAUUGUUCAGUGUCCGAGUUCCUGGCCGAAGUUGUGGCACAUCUGGGCCAGGUGCAAGGGAUCAUCACCGCCGUCUACACCGCGUCGGUGGCUAUGAUGGCUUAUGCGACCUUUCAGGUGGCAGAGACGACACUCUGGCCCGCUCUAACGCAAAAGACCUUCUCGAUGAGCGACAUGGACCACUAUCUGGCCUUGACGCGGGGAUCCCUCACGGCCUCGCCACGGGCGUUGUGGCAUGCUCGAGGGCUCGGUCCACUGGCAGUCCUGUUCACCGCAACAGUCAUUGCACUUCUCCAGUUGGCCAACUCCAUCUUCGUCGGACAUGCGUACUCGACCACGAAUGUCACCACGACGUACUACAGCAAUCAUUCGGACGGCGGUGGCAUGGGUCUUCCCUUCGAUGGCUUCCAGAUGAACCCUCCGGGGUUACUCCCCGGCGCAGCUGGAGACGCCGUGUCGGUUUAUACAUCCUGGGCCAACGGCCUGAGCAGCGAGCCUAUGCCCGACCAACGCAACUUCAUAAUUGACCGCGCCAACCUGUCCAGGGUGGGGGCGUUCUCUGCGUACGCCAUCGAAAAGCACACCAUCAUCUCGUGCUCAGCCACGCCCAUCAAUAUCACCUCGGAGUACGCCGACAUGUUCACCGUUCAGGCUAACAUGUCAGCCACGGAUCUGUGGAUCCGGCAACAGCCCCAGCUAUCGUUAUGGGUGGACCGGUGGAGGAAUCUCAGCGACACGAGGGCGGUCACGACAAUGGUGUUUGUCGCCAUCAACGGCACGAUCGAGGGCGGCUACAAGAACGGGCCAACUGAGGUCAUGUUGGAGCUGGGAUACGUCGAGGGUGUCUCGUCCCUGGCGUGUGACAUCGACGUGGAGCUCCAGGACAGCGUCGUCUGCACGUGGAAGGACCAGUCCAAGUGCCCGCCGCCAAGCAUGACACUCUCCAAACUCGAGAGCCUGGCCCAGCCGUGCGCCGGCUGCAUCUCGGUCUGGCUCGCUGCCGCCGUGGAGGUCUACGGCGUGAGCAUCUACGGCACCCAGCCCAUGUUCUACCCGACGUUCACGGACCCGGGGGUGCUGGCGCCCGCGCAGCUGGGGAACCUGACGGCCGCCUUGCCCGUGGCGUGGACCAGCGUGUCGACCAGUCCCACCUCGUACAACUGGUCGCAGAAGAUGCUGCGCAACUUUAUCGAGGUCGGCUCGGGCGCCAUGGCCAUAACCAUCAUGCGGCACUUCCCCAACGAGAGCGGCAUUUUAGAGUCAAGACUGCCCAUGCUGCGUCUAGACGCGAGCCGAAGCUGGCUCCUGUUCCUUCCCCCAGCGCUGGUGCUGGUCAGCAUCGUGCUAGUAGCCGGGCUAAGUGGCUUCAUGCACGCCGAGGCGAACCUGGCUCACGUGCGCCGGGGCACCACGAGCGAGAUCGUCGUCAACAGCCAGACCGAGGACAUCAAGUCCGUCGUCAAUGAGGCGAGGAAGUCGGCCACUACCCGCGACGCCUUGUCGCGGUUGCGUGUCCGGUACGGCGUCGUUGCCGAAGGCAGUGCUGGACUGGCGCGCGGCGACCGUGUAACUCCCUUUCAGAACGGGCCUAGCUGGGGAACCUCCUUCUAUGGUUUAUAG